CGCAAUUUGCUUAUUAGCAAAAGGGUACCAUGGCUGCUGCGCUGUUUUCUCUCGAGUGCGCCACCAGUUGAGCACGGUGCCGGGUGUAUACAUUGGAUGCCUGCUCGGGUACAAGGAAGAAUAUCCUCCCCGGUCUCAUUAAUAUCCCGUUCUUUGCAUCUCAAGGCAAGAAAAUUGUACAACACCCGUGACAAGUGAACCUGCCCGUCUUGUCCCACUCCAGCUUUCUCCAGCGUCCCUCCACGCUCAACUCCGCAUUUAAGAGCUUCCAGACGCUCUCCCUGUUGUCGUUAUCAUCGUCGCUCAGAUCCGAUCAUGUCACGCUCCCGUCUCCCUCCAACGCCCUCCAUGUCUGGAGAGCUCAUAGUCAAAGAUCAGCCAAUGGUUGACGGUGCAGACAUCUUCGCACUGCCCCCUGCUGCUCUCAGCCCGGCCAAGGUGGACGCUGCGCCUGCACCUGCAAGUCGCAAAUCAUCCAGAUCGAACCCAUCAAUACUCUUCCCUGCAUCUCCAACAUCUCCACGAAUUGACCCGAGCCCGAGCCGCAAUGUGAAUCCGCCGCCGCAGGCCGGUUUCAAGAGACCACUCGAGGAUCUAGACCUCCCGCCGCCUCCAACUCGCACCCGCAAGAUCAUUCAGAUGAAGCCAAAGACCGAUGGGUCGCCUAAGCCUGCGGCGGCUACAGCCAAAUCCGCGCCAAAGAUAAACACAAAAGCUGCGGCUAAUGGCGCUGCAGGUGGAGGUUCCAAGAAGAAGCAGCCGAGUGCUACCAGCGCCGCUGGGCGCAAGAUUGCGAGAAAGACGGCGCACAGUUUGAUUGAACGUCGUCGGAGGUCGAAAAUGAAUGAGGAGUUCUCGACGCUGAAGAAUAUGAUCCCGGCCUGCCGGGGCCACGAGAUGCAUAAACUUGCGAUUCUACAGGCUAGCAUCGACUACGUCAAUUACCUAGAGAAAUGCAUCCAGGACCUCAAAGCCCCUGGUGACCAUGAGCAUAGACCUGCACCACCUCCAUCCCUUCCUUCCGCCCCUCUGUCACCAACAUCCCCCGAAUUCCUCGGCGACCCACAAGGCAGUACAUACUCUGCCUCAGUGUCACCCGAGGUACAUCCCGAAAGCAUACCCAGCACUUCGCCAAUGUACUCUCCGCGCAGUCGAAUUCCCUCUAGUGCAGCUGCUCUAUCAGAGAUCCCACCAUCCAUUUUGCCCAGUCCCGCGCUGGGGCCGAUCCGCCCGAACGAGCGCACUUGGAUACUGCCGUCUCUUGCAACGUCGCCGGCGACUCAGUCUCGUUUCUCGAAUGCGUCCUCGGCUGACAUGGACCACGAAGCUUCGGCUGCGUUGCUCAUGCUGAAUAGGGAUCUUAGGGGGUCUAUCGAUUCAGGUCAUGGAGGGUCUGCCUCGACGGGUUCUUCUGCUUCCGUCUCCCAGGAGGAGCGGUAUAAGCAGCCCGAGCGGCCGCGGAAGAGGAUGAGUGUGAUGGAUUUGUUGAUCUCUUAG